AGAUUCGUCAAAUACGUACUUUGGCUCUAGCAGUAUCGCGAGCCUUCUGGAAACUGUUUUCCCGGCAAAAAUUCACCUCUUUAAAUGCAGUAAUUUUUUUAGGCGGUUUUAAAUGCAAUUCUGCUUCUGGAGUCUACCAUUUUGUAUUGUUGUUUACUCUCUUAAGUUUCUAACUCUAUCCCUAAUCCUAUUUGGAAGUUGAAAAUGAGCCGGCAUCCUGAAGUGAAGUGGGCUGAACGGGAGGAUAAGGUGUUUCUUACCGUGGUGCUUCCAGAUGCUAAGAAUCCUAAGGUCAAUGUUGACCCAAAUGGAACAUUCACGUUUUCAGCCUCUGCUGGGACAGACAACAAUCUUUAUGAGCUCAAACUAGAUCUUCUUGAUAAAAUCAAUGUAGAGGAGAGCAAAAUAAGCAUUGGUGUGAGGAACAUAUUCUGUGUCUUGGAGAAAGCUGAAAACAAAUGGUGGAAGAAAUUAUUACGUGGAGAUGAAAAGAUACAUUAUGUGAAAGUAGACUGGGAUAAGUGGGUAGAUGAAGAUGACGAGAUAGGAGGAGGAGCUGGCGAUCUUGAUUUGGGCGGAAUGGAUUUCUCGAAAUUUGGUGACAUGGGUCUUGGUGAUGAUACCGUGGGGGAUGAGUAUGAGGAGAGUGACAAUGAAGAGGUGAAGCAGCCCGAAGAAGAGAAGGUUGACGAUGCAGCUCCCGGAGAAGCUUCAUGAGGGAAAUGUAUUUUUGGAUUAGCCGGGCAAUUUGUGUUUGUAUGAAUUCAUCUUUGUGUUGUUGCAACGUAACUUGACUUAGAAUGUAUAAAUUGAUGGAUGCUAUUUCAAAGUCGGAUGCAUUCAAAUCCAAUGUCUGGAUUUGUAGAGCUUACUUGAAUGGUGACGAAUAAUUUGAAAUUUUGUGAAUUUUUUUGAGAGGAGAAA